UUGCAAGAUGGCUGCGCCCAUGAUACCACAUGCGACAGAUUGACGAAGUUGAAAGUUUAUCAAACUUCCAGAGAAAAUGGGGAAAUCUUCAUACCAUAGAUCUGAGAACACGUUCAGAUUCCAGACAUUUUCUGAACGGAUUUCAGAUAUCAAUAUCGAUGUAAUCCACAAGAUCAGACAUCAUGAUGACACACCAGGGGAACAUUCCACCUACUUUGGGGAAGCCUUGGAAAAAUGGCUGGAGCUCAACUGUACAGCACACUUCCUUGAGUUCCGACAGGAGAUCUGUGAUCAGGUCCAGUCCUUUACCCAGCUUGUCCACAAUGAGGCCCAGAUUGUGGCGGCACUCAAAAAGCACCUCAUGGUCAAAAACACGCUGGCAUAUGAACCACUGCUGGACUUACUUGUCCAGUUGGCGCGAGACCUCCAGCACGACUUCUACAAGCACUUUCCCGACUUCUUCACCCUACUGGUGGAGCUACUGAACCGGAACACUCAGGACACUGACUUGAUGGAAAAGUUGUUUUCUGCCCUCUCCUAUAUUUUCAAGUUCCUGUGGCGCUAUCUCUUAAAGGACAUGGAAGUUGUCUAUGGGUAUUUCUCAAACUUGCUGAGUGAGGACAACAAGCAAUACAUCAGACAAUUCGCAGCAGAAAGUUUCGCAUUUUUGAUGAGAAAGGUUAAGGAUCAUGGAAAACUGUUUGAUUUCCUAUUUAAAUCCCUAUCGGAAUCUCCAGAAAAUGCUGAUGGGUUAGGACGAUUGAUGUUUGAGAUGUUGAAAGGUGUGAAAAGGCAGCUCCACAGUUGUACAAACAAGAUUUUCCCAAUACUGCUCUCCAAACUCGGACACUGCCAACAGGUUAAGAAGGUGAAGGUGUUACCAUGGCGACUUGUAGAAGAAUGCAUGUCCCAGUGUUUCCGCUCGAUGGCAGGAAAUAUUGAUAAAGACAAUUUUGAGGAUGCAUGGAGAAUCUUACUGGCAUCCAUUACGUCUGUGUACCAGUUCUGGUUAGACCCCAACUGUCCAGACAAGGCUAAGGCAGCUAAACAUCUAGGCCGCUUACUGAGGCUAGCCCAGAUCUGGCUGAACCACUCAAAGGGAGUCAUCAUCCGCUGCCAUGACAGUGUUGCCACGACUUUGUUACCACUACUGAAGGGAGCCUGCCUCCCAGUCUCUGUCGGUGAGGAGCUUGUGUCUACAGUAUCAGCCUUCCUCCUACAAGGUCACUCCCAGACAGCCAUAGCCAACACUGCCAAACUAGUAUCAGCUGUGUACAAGACCUCAUACCCAAUGGAGAUGCUGUUUAAAUUCACAACAACCAUGCUUAAAAGCAAAUUGCCUAUAUUUGAAAAGGAUGUACUGAUGUCCCUGAACGACUACUGCCUGGGGGUCCUGGAGGACGAGGUGGCGAGGGACCAGGUCCUUAGUCUGUACACGGAGAUUCUCCUCCAUAAGACCACACUCCCUAGCAACGGACAGGACCUUAGUAACCUUCACGUAUAUCCCCUUGACUUUGGACUUUCUGGAAGGUCUAAGUUCCUAGAGCUGCUGACGAAGAACAUUGAUGGUGCCAACAAGAAAACUUUGAUGGUUAAGAAACACCAGAGUCGUGUUUGGUCGGCUGUUGUGUGUCUGCCACAUGUUUGGCCGGUGGACAGUGCCAGGAGUGACAGAAUCAAGAGUCUUACUAAACUGAUGGGAAAGAUCGUAACUCAGAUCAACGGAAGUAUCGACCAGACGACUACAGAUGAGUUACUCUUCUUGUACUACAGUGUCAUGGUGGCCCUUACCUAUCUGUGUGAGGACGGUGACCUCUUUGAUAAGAUACCUGUAUCUCAGAUUACAGAAUUACUCAGGUGUCACUCCACCAAUAUCCACAUGUUGACUGCGGCUAAUCUGUACGUGACCCAGGCGUCUGUAGACGGGAAAUCUUCAGUCCUGGAGGAGGAGGUUCUCCUUGACCUGUUUCCUUGUCUCCAGGACAACCUCACAUCCUGGAAUUCUCACAUACGCACCAUGAGUCUUCGAAUCCUGACCCAUUUUACUGUACGGUUGCCAUUUGUGGAAGGAUUUGAAGCAGAUCGUGACAGCGUUUUUCAGACAUGCCUAAAUGCAGAGUUAGUUCCCCUGACUGUUCAGGACUACCGACAACGUCUGUUGUACCUACAACGGCUGGACUACAGUAAUGUACAGAACUCCAUACCUCAGGGGCCUUUUACCAAGGUUGCAGCGAGAUAUUUGAUUGGAUCGCUUUUUGUAAACUUCAAGUUGCUAUGGGAACCCACCAGGAAACUGAUAGCUAGUCAUGCUAAGGGAUUAGGAAACAAAGAAUUCUGGGAAAUAUUUAAUACAGAGCUGACGAAAGCUGCUGACACAACAGAAGAGUUACUGACUGGUGUUGAGAAAUCGUAUCGUCAUGGUAACAAUGCUCUCAUCAGUCUGGCCAGCUUUGAUGUGUCGGACAUCAUACCAAGUCACAUGACUACAGAACGGGCAGACUAUUACAACUACAGGGACCAGAUGUGGAAAGCCAUGCUUCUGUUCUCGGACCAGUGUGAGGCCAAAUCACGUGACCUUUCACCUCUCCUGCUUCGAUUUAUCAGGAAUGAGUACUAUCCAUCCGACAUGAGCAUGGCUCCAAAACAGAACAUCUGUAGACGUACAAGGAAAUAUGAUCAGGAACAAGCGGAGGGAGGAGAUCAGAACAGCAAGGAACAGUCAAAGGGUGGAAAACAGAACAGCCAGGAGCAAGAAAUAGCAACAUCACUGGAGCCAAGUUCUUCAUUGAUGAGAGUCACCAGGAGUAGGUCAAAGAAUUUAAGCGAGGAUAAAUCAAGAUUGGAGUCGUCUGAACAUUCAGUGGACCAACAGCAUAAGGGAGGCAAUGACAAAAAUGCAGAGGAAAAGGUGAAGGAAAAUGAAGAUGACCCCAAUGAUAAUGUAGAGGAUUCCGAGGGUCAAGUAUCAAAGAGGCAGAGGAGAGCAGCAACGACCACCUUGGUCAUACAUUUAGAGCUGUUUGCGAGAUUUAAGAACCCUAAAUCCCUUUACUUAGAGCCCGAUCUAACAGCUCUCUAUAUGGAGCUACUAGUACACAAGGACCCCGUCGUACAGAAGACUACAUUUGACUGUGUGAUGGCUUACAAACACAGCUUCUUGGUACCAUACAGAGAGAACUUCAACAAGCUGCUGGAUGAUACGACCUUCAAGUCCGAGCUGGUGUUAUUCAGUAUUGAUGAAGAAGGGGGACAAAUCAACAAAGAACAUAGAAGUCAACUCCUGCCUAUAUUAAUGAGAAUAUUGUACGGCAAGAUGCUUACGAAGACAGGGAAGGAGACGGCCGGCCGUAGCCAUAGUAACCUCCGUCAGUCUAUAGUUCUACGUUUCCUUAACGGCUGUACUAUGGAGGAGGUGGUGAUGUUCCUUGACCUCGUCUUCCUGCCCUUCCGCCAUUUUAUCACAGAUGAUCCUCAGCAGAUGGCGCUGGAUGUACUAAAGACAACCGACCCAUCAGGUGUCAUUCCCUUACGCAAGAUAACAGGAACACUACAUUCCAUCAACACUUUCUGUAAGAAGCUUGGACACCUGAUAGAUAAUUACCUACCAUCUGUUAUAAAGAUUCUAGUCGGACUAAUGGCUACAUGUGUGGCCUGCCUGGAACAGAGGGACAACAUCACACCAUUCUCUCUCAGUAUACUGAAAACCCUGAGACAGAUGGCCACCGCUAGGUUUAUAGAGAUUUUUGAAAACUAUGAUGGGUACAAGUUUUCCCCUGUUGAAAUUGAUGCUGUGUUUACUGUGACUGUUUUGCCACAGGUUGAGAAGUUGCCCUUUGAGGGUGUGUAUCACCCUACCAGCUUAUUGAAAAUACUGGCGACAUGGUCGAGGUCUCCUCGGUAUAUUUUAUACCUGUCCAAGCAUCAUCAUGACGACAAGGCCAUCACUCCACUCCCAUUUGUGUUUAAACUUCUCAAUGCCACAAAUGUGACGAGUACAGUGUCUAGCCUCAUUCUGGAAAUCGUGGACAACCUCCUGAAUCCGAAAAAGUCCGAUGACGAUGCAGAAGAUAUCCGUCCACUCCCUGUCCACUGUGGACCUGCUUUGGACCACACCCACAUGACAAUCCAGGAGAUCGGUGUAGAGAUGAUGUCCCCACAUAUCCCGGCUCUACUCACCUUUCUCCAAACCGCCAUUGCCAGCAGGGAGACCAAGGUCUACAUCAAGAAGGGGUCCUCGAGGGAGCUGAGAAUUCUCUCCAGCAUCAGUUGCUUUGUGUCUGACCUGACCCAAUGUCCUAUCCUCAUCUCUCUCCUGUUGCCAUUCUUGGACAAAGCCACAAGAAGGUCAAAGGAGGCAGAGGAAGAUAUCUUGACAAGUAUUAUCAACCUAAUGGCUAGCAUCACCAACAAGUCGCAAUUCUUUAGACGAGUCUCGACGCUGUUUUCUAACAUUCUGUAUCGGAAAUCUCGUGAUCUUCUCUGCUCAAUACUACAGAUGAUAUUGACUGAAGAUAACGACCAAUCAACACUUGCUGAGCUGAUACUAGAGCUAAAUGCAUGGGAUCCUAAACGCACCGAUGAGCCGGACUACAUGAAGAGACUGGGCGCCUUUAAGAAUGCCAACGAAAUGAUCAAGUCUAUGAAGACAAUUGAAGUGGACAUCCUCUUACCCAUAAUGCACAAUGCCUGUUACUUCAUCAACAUGAUUGACGACUUGUCCAUACGAGAUAACGCCACCAACACACUGGUUACCAUGGUGAGGCAGUUCGGCGUGGUUUCCUAUGACAACGACGCCUUCAGGGAUUUGAUUACCCAGGGGGUCCUGGUGGAAAUAAAGGCUGGUUUCAGGAGCAGGAAUGAGAAUGUCAGACACGAGUACAUCACCCUGCUGUCUGUUGUGGUGGACACUUUCCCUGACCAGCCUAACUUUGUUGACCUACGUGCCCUUAAAGACAAAGACCUGGAGGCGGACUUCUUUGAAAACAUAGGUCACAUACAGACCCAUAAGCGGUCCCGAGCAUUGCGGAGGCUGAUUAAGUACCUGUCUGGCCACUGUGCCUGUAAGGAAGCCAUUAUGUCGUACUUCCUGCCGCUGGCCUCGGCGUUCCUACAGGUCGAUACCUACACCAAGGCCCAGGCUUUACAGGAGGCUGCCAUCGACACCGUCGGGGCAGUCUGUUUACAGUUACCAUGGCAACAGUAUCUUCACCAACUCAAGUUUUAUCUUGGUCGGCUACAGAAGGACUUGGACAAACAGAAGGGACUCAUCAGAGUCAUCGUGGCCAUUUUGGAUUCCUUCCAUUUUGAUGUCAGUGCAUCCCAGUUGAACCUCGCCAACCUGCCAGAAUCUAUCGCCAAAAAGAAGGCCGUUGGACUUCCUACAGAAGAGGAUGGGGAAGCAGAGCCGGGUGUAAAUGUGAAGGAAGAUGAUCAGACGACUGAUGAUGUAGAUGUCACAGAAGUUCCAGAACUAGACGACACAAAACAGGACAUGUCUCGGUCACCUUCGGGAAAAAUGAUAUGUCCAGCGGCACUGGCAACCAAGAUCCACACAACCAUUGUUAAAGGCCUACUGCCACAGCUACAGAAAUGUCUGACACAGAAGGUUCGAAGUGACGAGGAACACAAGCUUGCCAAGAGUAGCUAUGCUGAGGACACAGAAAUCCUGAGAGUUCCCCUAGCCAUGGCCAUGGUUAAACUACUACAGACCCUCCCUAAGGGGUCACUGGAGCGGAGUCUGCCAGGUAUCCUAAUCAAAGUGUGUAACUUCCUGAAGUCGCGUGCCAAGGAUAUUCGGGACACCGCAAGAGAUACUCUCACAAAAAUACUCACGUCCCUGGGCUCACGCUUCCUGCCAUACGCUCUGUCGGAGAUGCGAGGAAUUCUGAAACGAGGCUAUCAGCUUCACGUGUUGACUUUUACUGUGUAUGUCCUGCUCAGGAACAUCAUGCCCUUGACAAAGCCAGGUGAUCUUGACGUCUGUUGUGGCAGUCUACAGGAGGUGUUCCAUAAUGAGCUGUUCGGAGAGGUAGCGGAGGAAAAGGAUGUAGAAGGCAUCAGAGCCAAAUUAUUUGAGGCUCGUAAAGUAAAGAGUUAUGAUUCGUAUCAGAUUCUGGCCAAGCUGAUCGGCACAAAGUCCCUUAUACCGUUCAUCCAACCCAUCAAGACGGUGCUGGACACAACACACAGUCAUAAGAUGGCACGCAAGGUCCAGGAAGUCCUGAGGAAGAUAGUCAACGGACUGAUGGAGAAUGAGAACUUGACCACUGAGUCACUGACCAUCUUCUGUCACGGACUUGUAUCGGAGAUCUUCCCUCAGCUGUCUACCAAACAGAGCGAGAGCAGUAAGAAGGAUGGUCCGAAACCCAAAGAUGAGAAAAGGAAACCCCAGAGUUGUCUUUUGUUACCAUACACACCUGUACGAGGAGGAGAAAAACCAAAAAGCAGCAAGCGUACCAAUGCUCACAUCCUCGUUGAAUUUGGGAUACAGCUGCUCCACCUGUCACUGAAGAAGGGCCGACUUGUCGCCAAUAACGAGGAACACCUACAGAUGCUGGACCCGUUUGUGUCCAUAAUGUCCGACUGUCUGCAGUCCAAACACGUCAAGGUAAAUACUGUCACUCUACGAUGCCUAUGUUGGAUGCUCAAGUUCCCACUCCCAGCUAUUCAGCAACACAUCUGUCCUAUCGCCAACAGUAUCAUUGUCCUGCUGAAGAAUUAUGCAUCGGCAGGCUCCGCAGCCGGGGAUAAUCUGGAUCUCAUCACCAUGGCAUUUAAGGCAGUGACUGUACUGGUGAGGGACGUUACGUAUUACAAGAUCAACUCGGAACAGCUGCAGGUGCUGUUAGGGUUUUGUGAGGAGGAUCUCCAUGACUACCACAGACAGAGCACCGCCUUCUCCCUCCUCAGGGCUAUAUUGUCAAGGAAACUAAACGUACCAGAGAUGCCGGAGCUGAUGCUGAAAGUCCAGACCAUGUCAAUCACAGCGGAUUCUCCCCACACGCGGAGGGAGUGCCGGCAGUUGAGCCUGCAGUAUAUGAUGGACUACCCACUCGGCAAGAAACUCAUCAAGCACCUGGAGUUUUUCCUUACCCAGCUUUCAUACCACAUAGACAUCGGUAGGGAAUCCGCCCUGGAAAUGCUAGCUACAAUUUUCUCCAGUUUUCCUCAGACCAUAUUGAUAAGGCAUGCAGGAUUCUUCUUCGUACCGUUGUCCGUUGCCAUGGUUAAUGAUGAGUCCCUAAAAUGUCGGAAGCUGACAGGUUUGGCUGUCAAAUUAUUACUGGAAAAGUUGGACCAUAAUAGUAGAAAUGAGCUGUUUUCUAUCGCAUUGAAUUGGUUUAAGGAUGAAAAGUUGCAGCACCGAUCACUAGGUGCCCAGUUAUGCGGCCUCUUUGUGGAAGUGGAAGCGGGUCAGUUUGAGCGCCACCUGGUGGAUGUUUUCCAAGUCACGAAGCUCCAUCUACAGCCAAGUCGUUAUGAAAAAGUCCAAGAUGAGUCUGGGGAACAAGACGAAGAUCAUCUCCUGUUCAACAUUCUAAACCUACUACUCAAGGUAUUGAGAGAGUGCAAUGUGGUGAGGACACCAAAAUGGCAGCAUCAGAUGGAUACGAUUUGGGAUUACACCCAGAAACACCUCACACACCCACACAACUGGGUAAGACUGGCGGCCGCCCAGAUGUUCGGCCUUCUUUUCGCCUCCUGGCAACCGCAGGAAAUCGUAACGGAGGUGGAUGAUGAUGAUGAAGCUGAUUAUUUGAGGGACGACAUGAAAAACAAGAUGGAGACAUUAGCGGUAGCAUUUGUACAACAACUACAGUCACAGUUUUUGUCAGAAGAGAUGGCCGACCAAAUCAUCAAAAACCUCAUCUUCAUCAGCCGAGUGGCCAAGUUAGCAACGGAAUCAUCACCUCAGUCCGAGGAUGUCACGGAUCCUGAGGAGACCGGUUCCAAGGGGAAACGACUGUCUCUACCCUGGCUCGUGAGGAAGAUGGUGAGGGAGGCCAACCAUGAAAGCAUCAACAAUAACAAGGUCACCAUCAAGAGGUCAAGUGUUUUCAAGUGGAUGGCAGCGGUCAGCCUUGACCUUGGAGCAGAGCUGCUGCCCUCUGUGGCUCAUAUCAUGAUUCCUCCAUUACAAAGGGAGACAAAUGAUGCCUCAGGAAUGACAGACCCAGCCAUCAAGUCAUUAGCCCAGGAGGUACUUGACCUGCUGAAGAAAGUUUUGGGAGUGGAACAGUUCACUGAGGUCUACGCCAGCGUACAGAGGAAGCGUAUGGUCGUAAAGGAGUCACGAAAACGCCAGAAAGCUGUCGAGGCUGUUUCUAACCCUGAGGUCGCAGCUAAGAGGAAAGUUAAAAAGAACUUGGCCAAGAGAGAUGCAAAGAAACGGAAAGCCGAGGGAUUCCGAGUAUCAAAGAUCGUGAAGAAACGGAAGCGAGAGGAUGUUGUGAUUGAAGGAUGAAAUAUGUUGUCUGUGAUACUGAACUUUGAAAGUGACCUAUAUACUGUGGAACUGGCCUAGAUUUCCACACAGUGACCUAUAUACUGUGGAACUGGCCUAGAUUACCACACAGUGACCUAUAUACUGUGGAACUGGCCUAGAUUACCACACAGUGACCUAUAUACUGUGGAACUGGUCUAGAUUACCACACAGUGACCUAUAUUCUAUGGGCUCAUAUAAAUUCUGUGAUCUGAGGAAUUUUGCCCCAACAUAGGGAUUUGAAGGAUUGAUCCAGAUUCUGGAACAGAAAGGAUUGAUCCUGAUUUCUGUGAUUUGAAGGAUUGAUCCAGAUUCUGAGAUGAAAGGAUUGAUCCAAAUUCCAGAUUCUGUGAUUGGAAGGAUUAAUUCAGAUUCUGUGACCAAAGGAUUGAUUAAAAUUACAUGAUCUGAAGGAUUGAUCAAAGUUCUUAGAUCUGAAUAAUUGAUCCGGAUUCUGUGAUCAGAAGGAUUGACCCAGAUUAUGUGAAUGGAGGGAUUGACCCAGAUUUGGUGAUCAAAAGAAUUGACCCAGAUCCUGUGAUCAAAAGAAUUGACCCAGAAUAUUUAAGGACUGUUUAUGGUGUUUGUGUAGGAUUAUGAUCAGAGAGGGUGUUUUGGAGGGUUUCAAUUCACCCUUAAAUCAAUGAUUAACUUGCAAUAUUUUGUCAAUAAACACAAAAACAAAAAU